GCGGGGCGCUGGCGAGGAGCGUCUCGGCUUGUUUUCCAGACGCGGGGAGCCAUGGAUGCUGUCCUCAGGUUGUAGCUGAGAAGUGAGCAGGAUGACCCCGGGGAUUUAUUGCCCAGUCGAAUUUUGGUCCAAAGAAGCAAACCAGAACAUUCAAGUUGACUUCCUUUUACCCACUGGCAUUUAUUUGACCCUUUCUGUUUCCUGCAAUGCAACCCUGGGCAGCAUCAAACAGAUGGUCUGGCACCAUGCGCAGUAUGAGCCCCUCUUCCAGAUGCUCAGCGACCCGGAGUCCUACGUCUUCACGUGCAUCAACCAGACGGCUGAGCAGCAGGAGUUGGAGGACGAGCAGAGGCGCCUUUGCGACAUCCAGCCAUUCCUACCGGUCCUGCGGCUCGUGGCCCGCGAAGGCGACCGGGCGAAGAAGCUGAUCAACUCUCAAAUCAGUCUUCUGAUUGGCAAAGGUUUGCACGAGUUCGACUCCCUGAAAGACCCGGAAGUGAACGACUUCCGGGCCAAAAUGCACCAGUUCUGCGAGGAGCGAGCGAGCAGGCGGCAGCAGCUGAGCUGGAAGGCCUGGAUGGAGUACAGCUUCCCCGUGCAACUCGAACCCUUGGCCAACGGCCUUGGGAAAAGCGGCCCCCUCGAAGUGCCCAACAAGAACAUUUUCGUCAACGUCAAGUUCGAGUCCGGAGGGGAAAGUUUCACCUUCCAGAUCUCUCCUAAGGAUUUCCCUGCCACGCUCAUGAGCUACGCCAUCAAGAAGCAAGCCACCAUCUUCCGUCACCAGCGAGUCAACAGCCCCGAGGAUUACAUGCUGCAGAUUAACGGGAAAUACGAAUACCUCUAUGGGAAUUAUCCCUUGUACCAGUUCCAGUACAUCCGUGACUGCCUGCACCGUGGCCUCCUGCCCCACCUCACCAUGGUACAUUCCUCUUCCAUCUUGGCUUUGUGGGAAGAACAGACCAAUGGCAUUGCUCCGUCGCCCAAGGGGGGCACCAAACCUCCCCCAGUCCCCAAGAAGAAGCCAACCUCUGUAUCUCUGUGGUCGCUAGAGCAACCGUACUAUAUCGACUUGAUUCAAGCCAGUAAGGUGAACACCGAUGAACGGAUGAAGCUGGUGGUCCAGGCAGGCCUGUACCACGGCCACGAGAUGCUGUGCAAAAUGGUCUCCAGCUCGGAAGUAGGAGUUUGCUCCGAGCCCGUGUGGGGUCAGCGGCUGGAGUUUGAUAUCAACGUUUGUGAUCUGCCUCGCAUGGCCCGUCUCUGCUUGGCCUUAUACUCCGUGGUGGAGAAAGCCAAGAAGGCCCGGUCCACCAAGAAGAAGUCCAAGAAAGCCGACUGCCCAAUUGCCUGGGUGAACGUCAUGCUGUUUGACUACCGAGACCAGCUGAAAACCGGGGAGUGUUGCCUUCCGAUGUGGUCCUCGUUUCCAGAUGAGAAAGGGGAGCUCUUGAACCCAAUGGGUACCGUCCAGACCAACCCUAAUACGGAAAGUGCUGCAGCCUUAUUCAUCCGUUUCCCUGACAUUUCGUUGUACCCGUUGUACUAUCCCUCCUUUGAACAGAUCCUGGAGCAGGGAAGGAACGGGCCAUGUUCCUGGUACGUGGUGGAGAAUCCAGAAGAGAAGCAACAGCUGAGUGAGAUCCUGGAGCACAGAUCUCACACGGAGCUCUACGAACACGAGAAGGACCUCGUGUGGAAGAUGAGAUUUCAGAUCCGGGACCAAUAUCCGGGAGCUUUGGCGAAGCUACUGCUAGUGACCAAGUGGAACAAGCACGAAGACGUUUCUCAGAUGAUCCACUUGCUGCAAACGUGGCCUGAGCUGCCGGUCCUCAACGCCCUGGAGCUGUUAGAUUUCAACUUCCCCGACCGCUACGUGGGCACCUUUACGGUCAACUCGCUGAAGAAGCUGACGGAUGCCGAUUUAUUCCAGUACCUUUUGCAGCUGGUCCAAGUGCUCAAGUACGAGUCGUACUUAGACUGUAAACUGACCAAGUUCCUGUUGGACCGAGCGUUAUCCAAUCGCAAAAUUGGGCACUUCCUUUUCUGGCACCUCAGAUCGGAGAUGCACGUCCCCUCCGUCGCAUUAAGGUUUGGCCUGAUCCUGGAGGCCUACUGCCGAGGGAGCAUCCAUCACAUGAAACCACUGAUGAAGCAGAGCGAAGCCCUCAACAAGAUGAAGGCCUUGAACGACAUCAUCAAAGCCAGUGCGCAAAAGAACACCAAGCCCCAAACGAAGGAAUUCAUGCACACCUGUAUCCGCCAAGAGUCCUACCUGGAGGCGCUCUCCAACCUCCAGUCGCCCUUGAACCCCAGCAUACUUCUGGCAAAAGUCAGCAUCGAGCACUGCACUUUCAUGGAUUCGAAGAUGAAGCCGCUGUGGAUCGUGUUCAGCAACGAAGACCUGGGCGGCGGAAGUGUGGGAGUCAUCUUCAAAAACGGGGACGAUCUUCGGCAAGAUAUGUUGACCCUGCAAAUGAUCCAGCUGAUGGACAUCUUGUGGAAGAGAGAGGGCCUCGACUUGCGGAUGACCCCUUACGGCUGCCUUUCCACAGGAGACAAGACGGGGCUGAUCGAAGUGGUCAUGGACUCAGAAACCAUCGCCAAUAUCCAGCUCAGCAACAGCAAUAUGGCGGCCACCGCUGCCUUCAACAAAGAUGCCCUGUUGAACUGGCUGAAAUCCAAGAACCCCGGUGAUGCCCUGGACCGCGCCAUCGAGGAGUUCACGCUGUCCUGUGCCGGAUAUUGCGUGGCCACCUACGUUCUGGGAAUUGGUGACCGUCACAGUGACAACAUCAUGAUCCGAGAAAAUGGCCAGCUGUUUCACAUUGAUUUCGGACACUUCCUGGGAAACUUCAAGACCAAGUUUGGAAUCAACCGUGAGCGGGUCCCUUUCAUCUUGACGUACGACUUCGUUCAUGUGAUCCAGCAAGGGAAAACUAACAACAGCGAGAAGUUUGAAAGAUUCAGAGGCUACUGCGAAAUGGCCUACAUGAUCCUCCGGUGUCACGGCCUCCUCUUCCUGCACCUCUUUGCGCUGAUGAAAGCCGCCGGCUUGCCAGAGCUGAGCUGCUCCAAAGACAUCCAGUAUCUCAAGGACUCGCUGGCGUUGGGGAAGACGGACGACGAGGCCCGGAAGCAGUUCCAACUCAAGUUCAACGAGGCCUUGCGGGAGAGCUGGAAAACCAAAGUGAACUGGCUGGCCCAUAACGUGUCCAAAGAUAAUCGCCAGUAGGGACCCAACCGCCCCGUACCUCUCGCCCGCCUCCCCGCCAUUCUGGAAGUCGGGGCAGCCCAGAUUUCACGCUGUCUGCGUGGAGCAGGGUGGACUUUUCGUCUUUUAUUUCGUUUUUUACUUUGCACUGCCAGAAAGCAACGAAUAGCGCACAAGCCACCGAUUGCGGCCGCCGGGUUCUUCCGACUCGCUUUGAGAAUGCGAGUGCAACCCUGGGGCCACGUGGUCCGAAGGCCGACUUUCUGGGAAAGUGUGUCUGUGAGUAACGUGUAUUUUAUACUGCUAAAGCAGGUGUGCCGUACUUUACUCGUUCACUGGCUGAACGGAGAUAUUUGUCAUGUUUAAAAGACCCCUUGCGCCUGGGAAGAGCUGGGCUCUUUUCAUUGGGGGGGGGGGGGAAACGGAUAUUUUAUGUUUAUGGCACCUUUUGUUGCUAUUUUUCUUUAAUGCAUCCACUCCUCUAACAUUAGCCAAAGUACUGUGACAUGAAACGGCUCUCCCAUAUCCAUCAAUGGUGAUCAAGUUCGUUCACUGGGUUGUUUCUGAUUGCUGUGGAGACCCUCAUGCCAUGGGAGCCUGAAGAUUACAACCCGUUGUCUGAAAUGAGCCCCUUUCCCUCAAGACCCUUUUGAAUUAUUAUUUUUUUAAAAAAGAAAUCAGUUCCAAAGCCGACCUAAUAGUUUGUAGACUGUGCUUACAACACCGGAGUUCUCCCCGAAAGGCGGUUCCUGCCUGUUUAAAAACGUGAGUCAGUCAUGCUUUUAUUAUUUUGUUUUAUUAGAACAGCAGAAGUUGGAUUUCCUAGGUCAGGUUGUCCAGAAGGCCUGCUCCGGUUUACGUUGCGCAGAGAGAUUUAUCUUUAGGUCGGAAGAGCCAAACUAUCCAGAAAGGAAACUGGUCAACUGUGUUCAUUUUCUGAGCCAAGGGACUUGCUGUUUGCACACACGAGGAGGACUUACAAAAUUGCAUCUUUGACCAGCAGAUCACAACCCUAGCUGCCUCUUUUCAACGCUCCCACAAUGCAGAUGGAAACGAUCACUCUUGGAAUAUUGUGUAGCCACUGUCAUUUUUGGUUUUAGGAAUCCUUAACUGAGGAGUAACUAGGUGGAGGUACGACAAGCUGGUUCUGUGCUGUUCUGUUCCCAUGUUGGAGUUCAAAUUACAGAAUUACAUUUAUGGAAAUAAAAGCGGGGAGGGAGUUUACGUUCAAUUUCAGGUGCUUGUUAAAGGUGAAAAAUAGAGUGGUUGUGGUUUUUUUUGUUAAUGCUGUG